GCACCAGGCUCCGCCGGCCGCUCCCCGGCGGCUUAGAGCGGCGGCAGCCCACGUGCGGAGCGGCCUGGCGGCGGGAUGACGCAGCCGGGGAUCCCCGCAGGGGGGAUUCCCUCGCAGAGAAUUUAACACUAGCACAAGGUGCUUGCACUGACAGCACUGCAGCGCUCUGUUGACCCACGGAACAGAUACCGCAUGGGCAAGCUUUCCCUGUGUCACCACGUUGGUAUUUAUCAGCGUAGAGCAGGGGUCAACGGGGCUCUGAAACCGGGAGCUCCCAUCAAUGCCUGCAAGAGAUCAAAGGGAAGAGAAACAGCCAAAGCGUUACAGGAUUUUCCUUGCCCCCUACGCACAUCCAAGGAUCAGUCGUCUCCAAUAGGCUAUCGUAAGGACCAAUCUUUAGCCUCUAUGUUUGUUCCUUUCGUCGUACACCCUGGGAGUCAUAAGCCUGAUUCACUCAAGUUUGUCUUCUAUAAAUCGAAUUACUCUAAUUCGUACGCGCCAUUUUACACUGCGCAGAAGCCAACCUGUGGGUACCGGUAUUGCCGGGACACCGAUCACACCAGGAAGGUGAUGGAUGUAGAGAGGGCAAACAUUGUCAAGUGGAGACCCAUUGUGGGGACGAAACCACAGUUGGUUACAAUAAACCCAAAGCAACGAAACUGACAGUA